AUGUCAUACGACCAACUCUCCAACCUCGAGUCCGGGCGUCAAGGCGGCUACAGCGACGACCCAGGCUUCCAGGAACUCCAGCACCAACUCAAGGGCAAGCUGCAGACGCUGUUGAUCAGCAACCGCGAUCUCUCCAAGAAUGUCGGUGUAUUGGGCACAAAGAAGGACACGCCUCGCCUCCGCGAGCGCGUGCACAAGAGCAUGGAGAAUGCGCGAUACCUCUGCAAAGAGAUUGGCGAGGGAGUGAAGCGGUUGCAGACCUGGGAAGACCUCACGAAACAGCAAAAGUACGAGCAAACCAAAGUGUCAAGCGAUUUCCAAGCCGCCCUACAAGAGUUCCAGGACCUGCAAAGAAAAGCCUUGGACAAGGAAAAGGCAUCAGUCAGUGCCGCGCGCGCGGCCCACGAUUCCGAACAAUCCCAGACAAUUGCCGUCGGCGACCAUGAGCAGCAACAACUCCUGCAGCAACAGCAACAGCAGGAACUGUCGCAAUUAGCACCCCAGCACGAGGUAGACUUCCAGGAGGCUCUGAUCAUCGAACGGGAAGAGGAAAUUCGCAACAUCGAAGAAGGUGUUGGGGACUUGAAUGUGCUGUUUCGCCAAGUGGCCCAUAUGGUGUCGGAGCAAGAACACACCAUUAACAGCAUUGUCGACAACGUGGAAAGCACCUACGACAAUACCAGGGGUGCCGACAGGGAAACCCGCCAGGCGGCGAGAUAUCAAAAGGCUGCUCGAAACAAGAGCUGCUGCUUGCUGCUCAUCCUCGCAGUCAUUCUCACCAUUGUCAUCUUGGCAGUUGUUCUGGGAUAG